AUGAAAAUCCAAGGAAAAACAUUUGUAGUUACUGGCGGAGCAUCUGGACUAGGUGAAGCAACAGUUAGAAAAUUAUAUAAUAGCGGUGCCAAUAUUGUGAUACUUGAUCUAAAUGAAAGUUUGGCAUGCAAGGUGAUCAAAGAUUUGACAGGUUGUGAUGAUUGUCCUCAAAUAUUAUACCAAUAUGCAGAUGUCACCGAUGAAAAGAGUACAUCUUUGGCUUUCAAAAAAACAAUUGAAAGAUUUAAAAGAUUAGAUGGUCUCAUUAAUUGUGCUGGUGUCAUUGAAUUGGGUCCUACAACCGAAAAAGAAAACUAUGAAAAAUUCUUAAAGGUGAUUAGUGUCAAUUUAUCUGGAACUUAUAAUGCUACUAGACUUGCAUUUGAUGUUAUGAAAGAUCAAGAAAUACUAGAUGAAGAUAGAGGUGUCAUUAUCAUGACUUCAUCAAUUGCUGCAUUUGAUGGACUUAAAAACCUUAGUGCCUAUAGUGCUUCAAAGGCUGCUAUUGCUGGUAUGACUCUUCCUCUUGCCAGAGAGUUCUCUGUCAGUGGUGUAAGAGUUAUGAGUGUUGCUCCUGGUCCAAUUGAAACUCCAUUACUUAUGCAAGUUCCCAAAGUGAUUAGAGAUGGAUUAUCAUCUGUUGUUCCAUACCCACCACGUUGUGGUUUAACUAGCGAAUUUGCUCAACUUUGUGCCCAUAUUAUUGAAAAUGCCUAUCUCAAUGGAGAAACGAUUAGAAUGGAUGGUGGACUUCGUAUGCCACUUUAA